AGCAGUGACCGUGACUCGAGAACUGCGGAGAAGGCCAUGCUGAGACUCUGCGUCGGGCGUUUGGGCGCCCAUCUGGGCAGCCUGCGCUGGGGGAUCCAAAGUCCAGCCUUGGGAAGCGUCCGGGGACUUGUGUCCUGCAUUGACCCUUCCUUGGGCCUUAAUGAUGAGCAGAAGGCGUUCCAGAAAGUAGCCUUUGACUUUGCCUCACAGGAGAUGGCCCCCCAAAUGGCAGAAUGGGACCAGAAGGAGAUAUUUCCAGUGGAGAGCAUGCGGCGGGCAGCACAGUUGGGCUUUGCUGGUGUCUAUGUUCGGUCUGAUGUAGGAGGGUCAGAGCUCUCCCGGCUUGAUGCCUCUAUCAUAUUUGAGGCCUUGGCUACAGGUUGCACCAGCACGACAGCCUACAUCAGCAUCCACAACAUGUGUACCUGGAUGAUUGACUUCUUUGGAAAUGAAGAACAGAGGCACAAAUUCUGCCCUUCACUCUGCUCUAUGGAGAAGUUUGCUUCCUACUGUCUGACUGAGCCAGGAAGUGGGAGUGAUGCUGCCUCUCUUUUGACCUCAGCCAAACGGCAAGGGGAUCAUUACAUCCUUAAUGGCUCCAAGGCUUUCAUCAGUGGUGCUGGUGAAUCAGACAUCUAUGUGGUCAUGUGUCGCACUGGAGGAUCAGGCCCUAAAGGGAUUUCCUGCCUGGUUAUUGAGAAGGACACCCCAGGCCUCAGUUUUGGGAAGAAGGAGAAGAAGGUAGGAUGGAAUUCCCAUCCAAUAAGAGCUGUGAUCUUUGAAGACUGUGUUGUACCUGUGGCCAACAGGAUCGGAGAUGAGGGACAGGGUUUCCUUAUUGCCAUGAAAGGAUUGAACGGAGGGAGGAUCAAUGUUGCCUCCUGCUCCCUUGGAGCCGCUCAUGCUUCAAUCAUCCUGGCCCGUAACCACCUCAAUGUCCGUAAGCAGUUUGGAAAGCUCCUGGCCAACAACCAGUACUUGCAGUUCAAACUAGCUGACAUGGCUACUCGACUGGUGGCUUCCCGACUAAUCAUCCGCAAUGCAGCCGUGGCCUUGCAAGAGGAGCGAGCAGAGGCUGUGGUCCUCUGCUCCAUGGCUAAGCUCUUUGCUGCAAAAGAGUGCUUUUCGAUAUGCAACCAGGCCUUACAGAUGCAUGGUGGCUAUGGCUACUUGAAGGAUUAUGCAGUUCAACAGUAUGUAAGAGACUCUCGGGUCCACCAGAUUUUGGAAGGUAGUGAUGAAGUCAUGAGGAUGCUUAUCUCUAGGAACUUGCUUCAGGAAUAGCACCUAAAGCAGUGUUUUCAGGCCCAGUUCCUGCUUGUGCCUCCUCCUGUCCAGUAUUAAUGCUAAAUUCCAGAGGAAAUCCUUCAGCCAGAGGCUGGACCCACCCAGGGCAAGACCCUGGGUUCCAUUAAGCCCCAGCCCUACAAAACCACCUUUGCAGAUGGGAUUAUAACAAUGUGUCCUGAGGAGAUGAAGAGGAACGGAGCUGGCAGCCUGGAUCAGAAAAUUCAAAGGAGGAAAUUGUUUUGUGAUGCCAGGAUACUUUUUGUCAAUUAUUGAAGACUACCGGUGGCAUGGUUUAGAACUCAUUCCACAGCCAAGGCACUUUGCUGGUACCACAUUGCCUUAAGCUACCUACAUGUGACCCAUAUAAGAGGCAUUUGAAUAACAAUGAUGAGACAUCCUACCAAAAUCUGUGGAAUGCAACCAAAGCAGUACUCGGGGAAAUUCAUAUCCUUGAGUGCAUAUAUUAACAAAUUAGAGAGGGCAGAGAUCAAUUAAUUGGGCAUACAAAUCAAAAAACUGUAAAGUGAACAAAUUACAAAUUUCCAGAUAAAAACCAAAUUAGAGAUCAUAUAAGAGGCAUUUUAACCAUCCACCUUUCUAUAGCACUUUAAGAUUUACAAAGUGCUUACUGAAAAAUCAUCUAGGAGGUAGGGAGUGCAGGUAUUUUCCCCAUUUUAUGGAUAAGAAAACUAAAGCUCAGAGUACAGUGACUUAUCCAAGGUUCCACAAGCUAAGCAGGACUAGGAUUUACAGCCAGUUCUGCUAACUCUAAGUCUGGGUACUCUUUUCACCAUAUACCUCUAGAUUCCUUUUCCAGAAACCUGGAUACUUUCAUUAUGUGCUUUAGCUAAAUAAAGCAAACCUCUGGGGAAGAUGGAACUGAGGGGAGAA